ACUCCAGUCGCGUUUAUGAGCUCGCGGUGAUUGCACGCGUUGGCGAAUAUUUGGUAGGAAGAAGUGGUGUAAAAAAUUUGAUUCAAGAUUGAAGUGCCCUCCGAUAAGAUUGUGAAGCUUAGACAAAGUUGAGGGUUGUUGUGAGAUUUUCACAUUUACUUAUGUCUAUUUGCGUGAAAUAUCAACAAUUAAAGCUGGUUAAAAUUGCUACUACGCUUUUUGUAUAUAACUUUCGGGCUUUUUAUGAAGCAAACCAAAAUAAAUAUCCGCCGAAAGCCUUGUUCCCUCAAAUUUCUUUAAAAGAACAUAAAAAUGGUCAGUAGUAGCUAUAAUGUUUCAAUACCAGGUCCUUCAGAUCCUGCUGAAAACUUCAAAAAAUCAGAAGGUCUGCCAGGACCAAACGAUUUUCAGGAAACACAAAAUGAGAACCAUACUACAGAAAAGAAGUAUCCUUAUUUGGAGUUGUUUCGCUAUGCCAGCAUAUGGGAUCGUCUGAUAAUGAUCAUCGGUAUGCUUGCGGCAUCGCUGGCUUCAAUAUGCGUGCCAUACAAUGUCAUCAUUUACGCCGAAUUCACCACUCUGCUCAUAGAUCGCGAUGUGGGUAUUGGCACUUCAACGCCUGCACCAAUCUUGAAUAUUUUCGGCGGUGGCAAGACGCUCACAAAUGCCACUCACGCCGAGAAUAUGCAGGCUGUUAAAGAUGAUGCGCUGGCUUUUGGUUUGGGGACGGUGGCUGGUUGCAUGGUCCAACUAUUGCUUUUAAGUUUGGCGGUCAUGAUGUUGAAUAAAGUGGCGCUUAGACAGAUCGCAAAAAUUCGAAAAUUGUUUUUGGAGUCUAUAUUACGUCAAGAUAUGUCCUGGUAUGACACUUCUGCCGGCAAUACCUUCGCCAACAAAAUGACAGAAGAUUUGGACAAAAUGAAGGAGGGCAUUGGCGAAAAGGUCGCAAUGUUUGUAUUUCUGAUAAUGACGUUCGUUGCGGGAGUUAUCUUCUCUUUUGUCUAUGGCUGGCUGUUAACACUGAUAGUGAUCAGUUGUUGUCCAUUUAUUAUUGUUUCUACGGCACUGGUGGCUAAAAUUCAGGGCACUUUCACAGAAAAGGAGUUGAAGGCUUACUCGAAUGCCGGUGCGGUCGCUGAAGAAGUCUUCUCGGGCAUACGUACUGUGCUUGCCUUUAGCGGUGAACGCAUAGAAACUGAAAGAUUCGGCAAAUUGCUGGUGCCAGCUGAGAAGAUGGGUCGAAAGAAAGGCUUCUACUCCGGUGUCGGCGCCGGCAUUAUGUGGUUCAUAAUUUACAUUGCCUAUGCGAUAGCUAUAUGGUAUGGCAUUAAGUUGAUAUUGAAAUAUCGCUAUAUGGAUGAUAAAUUAUACACGUCGGGUUCGUUAGUUAUCGUGCUAUUCAGCAUCAUCAUGGGUGCACAGAACUUGGGUUUCUCACUGCCACAUGUGGAGGCAUUCGCAACGGCAAAAGGUGCGGCACAAAACGUCUUUGCCACCAUCGAUCGCAAGUCAGCGAUUGAUCCGUUAAAUGCGAGUGGUGACAAAUUGGAGUCUGUGACCGGUGACAUAAGUUUCGAAAAUUUACAUUUCCGUUAUCCAGCACGUUCAGAUGUACAAGUACUCAAGGGCUUCUCAUUGCAAGUUCGCGCUGGUCAAACCGUCGCUUUAGUGGGACCAUCUGGUUGUGGUAAGUCCACCACACUACAGUUGUUACAGCGUUUCUAUGAUGCCCCCAGUGGUUGUGUACGUCUCGAUGGGCGUGAUCUGCGGGAAUUGAAUGUGGGUUGGUUGCGUUCACAGAUAGGUGUAGUCGGUCAGGAACCAGUAUUAUUCGCUACAACCAUUCGUGAAAAUAUACGUCAGGGCAAAACUACAGCAACACAAGAAGAAAUCGAGCAAGCCGCACGCAUGGCCAAUUGUCAUGAAUUCAUUGUCAAACUACCGAGUGGUUAUGAUACCAUGGUGGGUGAACGUGGCGCUCAAAUGUCUGGUGGCCAAAAGCAACGUAUAGCCAUUGCCCGUGCACUCAUACGAAACCCGAAGAUAUUGUUACUGGAUGAGGCAACCUCGGCUUUAGAUCCCACAUCCGAGCGUCGGGUGCAGGAUGCGCUCGAUGUGGCCAGUAAAGGACGUACCACGUUGGUGGUUUCACAUCGUCUUUCGACAGUGACAAAUGCUGAUUUGAUUGUGUUUGUCAAAGAUGGUGUGGUGGCUGAGCAGGGUACACACGUUGAACUUAUGCGCUCGGGUGGUCUUUACUGUAAGUUGGUAAUGAUAUCGAAACGUAAGGAAGAAGAAGAGGCUUUGGCGAACACCUCCAAUGCAGUACGACAGCGUAAGCAACAACUGCAAGUGCCUGAUAACUCCGACGAUGAGGACGAAACAAGUGUCGAUGAAGCCGACGCUGAAAGUGAUGUGGGCAAAAAGAAAUCGAAAAGAAAGAAGCCUAAAACCGAAAAGCAUAAGAUCACUUUCAAGCAACUGAUGAAAAUGAAUGCUCCAGAGUGGCGUUACAUACUAGUCGGCUGCAUAUCAGCUAUGUUGCAUGGCGCCACAUUUCCUACAUGGGCUGUGCUCUUCGGCGACUUCUUUGGCAUUUUGUCCGAUCCCGACGACAGUUACAUCACAAGGCAAUCGAUUUUGUUUGCCUUCCUGUUCAUCGUUAUUGGCGUUAUAACCGGCGUUAGCUCACUCUUGCAAACCUACAUGUUCACCAUCGCGGGUGUGAAGAUGACAUCCCGACUGCGUCAUGACGCUUUCAAAGCCAUAAUCAGCCAAGAGGUCGCCUACUUCGAUGACCAACGGAACUCGGUAGGUGCGCUGUGUGCACGCCUUGCUGGCGAUUGCUCGAACGUGCAGGGUGCAACGGGCUCGCGCAUCGGCAUCAUUGUGCAAGCAAUCUCUACUCUAACCAUCGGCGUAAUUCUAUCGUUUACAUUCUCCUGGAAUUUGACACUAGUCACUCUGCUUACUGUGCCGCUGGUGUGUGCGUGCAUACUUUUCGAAGCACGAUUUAUGGAGGCGAGUACAAAUGUAGAGCGAUUGGCAAUUGAAGAUGCGUCGCGUGUUGCGGUGGAGGCAAUAGCUAACAUACGCACUGUGACCAGUCUGGGGCAGGAACGCCAUGUGCUUGAGCGCUAUUGCGAGCAAAUAGACAAAGCCGAUAAGGCGUGUCGCAAGAAGGUGCGUUUCCGCGGUGUGGUCUACGGCAUGGGACAAACGGCACCGUUCUUAGCCUAUGGGAUUUCGUUGUACUACGGUGGUAUUCUAGUAUCCAAUGAUGAAGUACCGUAUGCGAAUAUUAUAAAAGUCUCCGAGGGACUUAUUUUCGGCUCAUGGAUGUUAGGUCAGGCUCUGUCAUAUGCGCCCAAUGUUAGCGCUGCAGUGCUGUCAGCAGGACGCUUACUAAAACUGUUUCAACGUACACCCGCUAUGUACAGUCCUGCAGAUAAGCCAUACAACACAACAAUGAAAUCUGGAGGCGACAUUACUUACGAAAACGUCGAUUUCAAUUACCCGAAUCGCAAAGGCAUAGCUAUAUUGCAGAACCUUAAUUUGACCAUCAAAGGCGGCACUACAGUGGCCUUGGUUGGGCCUUCAGGUUCGGGCAAAUCCACAUGUGUACAGCUGCUGUUACGUUAUUAUGAUCCUGUUCGGGGUAAAGUCAAUCUGAGUGGCGUACCAACAACGGAAUUCUCAUUCGAUAGCUUACGUUCCGGCAUGGGUCUAGUUUCGCAAGAACCCGUUCUAUUUGACCGAACCAUUGCUGAAAAUAUCGCGUACGGCAACAAUUUCCGCACAGAUAUUCCGAUGGCUGAAAUUAUUGAAGCGGCCAAGAAAUCGAACAUACAUGAGUUUAUCACCUCCUUACCGCAAGGCUACAACACACGUUUGGGCAGCAAAGGCGCUCAACUGUCUGGAGGUCAGAAGCAACGCAUUGCCAUAGCACGCGCUAUGGUACGUAAUCCAAAGAUAUUGAUACUGGAUGAGGCUACUUCUGCAUUGGAUAUGGAGAGUGAGAAGGUGGUGCAAGAAGCCCUUGACGCUGCACGUAGUGGUCGUACUUGCCUUACCAUUGCGCAUCGACUGACCACAGUGAGGGAUGCGGACCUCAUAUGUGUGCUGAAGAGAGGUGUGGUGGUGGAGAAAGGCAAUCACGAGGAAUUAAUGGCAUUGAAUGGCAUAUACGCAGAGCUGUACAUGAUGCAGCAAGUGGCUUAACCAAUGGUUCCCCUUAGAAUUAGUGUUGGCAGUAACCUGAUAUGUACAUGAAGUCCAUUCGAUAUUAAUGUAGCAUUAACUUUUUUUAUUUAUUGCGUAAAAUAGAUAAAUACAUAGAA